AUGGCGAGACUCCUGGAUCUCCCACCUCGGGCCGGACGCGCGCGGACCGCGAGGGGAGGCGGCCACAAGCGCAGCGCGGGCUCUCUCCGUUCCCCCGGCGCCCGCGGCUCAGACGGGGCUGACCACGGAGGCUCCCAUCCCCGCACCCGGCGCCUGGGGCCGCCGAGCUGGAUCUCAGGCACUCUCGACCCGGAGGAGAGCGAGGAUGACCGGGACAGGACGGUAGCCCCGGGCCGGCCGGGCCGCCCUGCGGGGAGACCAGCGCGCGCCGGGGGCCCCUCGACCCCAUGCGGCCCAGGGGUCGGGACGCGGCAGCGGAAUGGGGAGGGGCCGCCGCCGCGCGCCGCGGGGAGCAAGGCCGGGGCCCCAGGACGGCAGGUGCCGGCACGGCCCCGCACGGGCAGCCCUCCCGCCGCCGGCGACCCCCGGCCCGCAGUCCCCCCACCUCGCACUUACGCAGCCGGCGGCCCGGGCCCGGAGCGGGAGCCAACGGCCUGGCGGGCGGCGGGGCGGAGCAGCCUCUGCGACCGCUCCCCCUACUCCGAGCCGGCGCUUCCGACCCGCGGCCGCGCCGGCACCCUCCUGCGCAUGCUCGGGGCGGUCCGGGCCGGCAAUCCGCUCCGGGCGCGCAGCUCGGAUUUCCGCAACUCUGCGGGCGGGGGCGCUGGGGGCGGCCGGCGAGACCCCUGCGGAGCGACUGCCCCCACGCCCGGCGGGCCCCUGCGCCCGGGAGACCAAGCCCCCGCGGGCACUAGCGUGGAGAACUACCGUAGCUGGACGAGGGCCCCUUCUGCACACCGGGCGAGCCUCCUGCGCGCGCUAUCCGCGCAGCCCUGGGCGCUGGGGCGGGAAGGGGGCGCCGCAGCCGGGUCCCCAGGUCUCCCGGCUGGAGCCGCUCCCGGCGCGGAGCGCAGCGGCCCAGCACAGAGCGGGGGACGGAGCAGUGACAUCCCCCUGCCGAGUGUGGAACGACGGGCGCGCACGAGCCUGUCCCACCCCGGCGGGCCGGCUGCACGGGGUCCGCAGCGGGAGCCGAAACUCUGGUCUGGGUCGACGAACUCCUUCCCCUCAGAGUCGCUCAGCCUCGACUCAGCGGAGAACCGCCUCGGCCCGCGCUGGGCCCCGGCGGCGCCCCGGAAGGCCGAAGUCGCGGGAGCCAACGCGGGGCAAAGCCGGGGCCCCACACCGGGGAAGCCCCGAAGCUCCUUCCAGGCCUCACAGCCCCCGCGAGGACCCGGGAGCGUCCGCGACCGACGAGGCUCCCGGCUCGGGCCCUGCCGAGCGCAACCGCGGCCCCCGGGGCAGGAGCUCUCGGGCGAGGUCCCUGCGGGGGGCGGGGCGGCCGUCGCCUCCCAGAGUACGAGUGCAGGGGAGAGGCGCGAGGUGGCGCCGGAAGCGGGGAGACAGCGCUAG